AUGAUUGAAGAUUGGAACGUCAUUGAUCAAAGAGUGGGUAGUAGAGACAUCUCCGACCAUUGUCCGAUUUGUUUGAAUUUGGGAAAGACCGUUUGGGUCCCAAGCUCUUUAGAUUCAAUAAUGCUUGGUUUAAGCAUGAGGGUUUUAAGUUGUUUAUUAAGGAAGAAUGGGAAAAGAUCAAGGUGGAAGGGAUAUGUGACUUUUUUGUAUGAAAAUAUUAAACGCCUAAAGGACCGUAUUAGAGAGUGGAACCGUACGAUUUUUGGGUGGAUUGACUUGAAAGUUAGCAAUCAUGUAAAAAACCUCAAUGAUUGGGAUAGUUUGUUGGUGAAACACAAUUGUGAAGAUAUUGAGGAGAUAGUAAAUGAUAGGUCGAAAGAAAAGAGAGAAUUGUGGAACACUUUAAAUUUGAAUGAGUGUAUGCUUAGAUUAAAAUCAAGGCAACUUUGGUUGAAGGAUAAAGACAAGAAUACUCGUUUCUACCAUAAUUCGAUUAAGGAGAGAAAUAGAAGGAAUGAUAUCAAUUCUAUGGAAGGUGAGUAUGGGAUAGUGGAGGGAGUUGUUGAGAUUAAGGAGGCGGUCAAAUCCUAUUUUAAAACCUUCUUUAAAGAGAGUAAUGUUUCGAGACCGGUUUCAGAAGGGAUUGUCUUUAAGUCAUUAAGUGAGCACGAUAGCGAUUGGUUUGAAGGAUCGUUUUUGGAGGAUGAGGUGGAUGUGGUUAGAUUCGUUGAGGAUUUUCAUGAAAAAGCAAAGCUUACUAAAGCGUGCACUUCAUCUUUCCUAGCUCUAAUUCCAAAGGUUAAAAACCCUCAAGCUUUAUCAGAAUAUAGGCAUAUAUGCCUAGUCGAUAGCUUGCAUAAGUUGUUAUCUAAACUUUUGGCAGCUAGACUUAAGAAAGUUACUAGUAACAUUGUUUCGGAAAAUCAGUCAACUUUUGUCCCGGGGAGAAGCAUUGUGGAUGGGGUUUUGAUGAUCAAUGAGAUUUUGGAUAUGGCUAAACGAGAGAACAAAAGUUGUGUGAUUUUGAAAGUGGACUUUGGAAAAGCCUACUAUUGUGCUUUAACUUGCCUUAUGAAUAAGGCAGUGGAUGAUGGGGACUUCUGGGGAUUCAAAAUCAAUGUGGAGGAGGAAGUUAAUUUGUUGCAAUUUGCGGACGAUACGAUUAUGGUGGCGGAUGGUAGUAGUGACAACCUUUAG